CAGGAAGUAAAUACAACAAUUUGAAGGAGAGGCUGUCGGGCUUCUUCGCACUUAUCGACGGAGAGGCGGCUACUAGAAGAAGCUGCUCUUUCUUGUAACUCUUAGAUGGAUGUGACAGAGGAGACGUGCCAGGCUGAAAUGGAGGAAAGGGCCCUUAAUAUUAAGCAAGAGGACUGUGAAUGGGAACAUUUGCACCCUAAGGAGGAGGAGGAGGAGGAUGAUGAUUACGAACUGGUCUCCAUGGUAAUUAAGGAAGAGACCGAGGAGAAGCCUGUCAUCUGCAGUAUGCAGGGACAUAAAGCAAUAGACAAGGUCAAGGAAGAAGACCUUCAGUCAGGGUGUCCAGAUGAAGGAGUAACGGGAUUAGUCUCCGAUCUGAGGAGAAAUUGUGCCGUUCAGAAGCAUCCUGUCCCUGUGAAGUCUGAUAUUUAUUUAGACACAAAGACCGCUGAGGACAUCUCAAGUGGAACAGUUGAAGGUCACUCAUCAUCAACAGAUCAGUCUGGAGAAGAUACAAAGCAGAGUCCAAGCUUUUUGCCAUCUUUAUCUGCUCGGAUCUCACUUCAUGAUGCACCACAUGUAUCAGAGAUUUUGACACCAGCCUCUUUGCAGUUUAGUCCUCGAUCUGCUGUGAAACCAUCCAGGACACACGCAAUUAAUACCCAGCAACCAGUGCACAAGACAGGGUCUUUGAAUGUGUCCCAGGGGCAGAGCGUUUUUAAAGACCAAUCUGAACCAAAAGGCAAUCUGAUGAACCCUGCAAAGCAGAAGCCAUAUUGCUGCUCCGAAUGCGGAAAGGAAUUUUCAACAAGAUGGAAUUUUCAGGCCCACACAACAAUUCAUACUGGGGUGAAACCAUAUUGUUGUUCAGAAUGUGGCAAAACAUUCUCACACAAAAGAUAUCUUCAAACCCACCUGAGAAUUCACACUGGAGAGAAGCCAUAUUGCUGUUCUGAGUGUGGAAAACGAUUUCCAAAUAGGGGCCAUUUGAAGGAGCACACAAAAGUUCACACUGGAGAGAAACCGUAUUGUUGUUCUGAAUGCGGAAAACAGUUUUCAAGAAAAGACCGUCUUGACAUCCAUAAACGAAUUCAUACUGGAGAGAAACCAUAUUGUUGUUGGGAAUGUGGGAAAAAAUUCUCCGACAGAAGCUGUCUUCGAACGCACACAAAAAUCCACACUGGAGAGAAGCCAUAUUGCUGUUCUGAAUGUGGGAAACGAUUUCCAAGUAGGGGGUAUCUGAACGUACAUACAAAACGUCACACCGGAGAGAAACCGUAUUGUUGUUCUGAAUGUGGAAGACAAUUUUUAACAGCAGGGAAUUUUGAGACCCACAAAAGAAUUCAUACUGGAGAGAAACCAUAUUGUUGUUCUGAAUGCGGAAAACAGUUUUCAAGAAAAGACCGUCUUGACAUCCAUAAAAGAAUUCAUACUGGAGAGAAACCAUACUGUUGUUGGGAAUGUGGGAAAAAAUUCUCAGACAGGAGUGGUCUUCGAACUCACGCAAAAAUCCACACUGGAGAGAAGCCAUAUUGCUGUUCUGAAUGUGGGAAACGAUUUCCAAGUAGGGGGUAUCUGACGGUGCAUACGAAACGUCAUACUAGAGAGAAACCGUAUUGUUGUUCUGAAUGUGGAAGACAAUUCUUAACAGCAGGCAAUUUUGAGACCCACAAAAGAAUUCAUACUGGAGAGAAACCAUAUUGUUGUUUAGAGUGUGGCAAAAGAUUCUCAGACAGGAGCAGAUUUCAAACCCAUGCUAGAAUUCACACUGGAGAGAAGCCAUAUUGCUGUUCUGGAUGUGGGAAAAGAUUCUCUGACAAAAGCAAUCUUAACAGGCACAUGAGAAGUCACACUGGAAAGAAGUGACUGAAGUAUCCUUCCUGAUGUAACUACCCCAUGCUUAAAUUGUAGUGUGGAAAAAUAACUAAAUGCUAAGCAGUCCCGUCAGAAAUAAACCCUUUGUGGAAGAAAACACCUGUGGAAGUGGGAUCUGCAGGAUUAAAUAUAAAGAGAACUGUCAUAUUUUACUGAACACUAUAACCCCAUAUGUGCUAAAAAAAAGAAACAGUACUAGGAACAAUCCCGGUGCUACAGCGAGGAGCCCAGGAAGAUGAUUUAAGAAAACAACAACAGCAGAGGUAAAACAAAAUUAAAUAACUUCAUGCCGCAAAAGUGAGGGAAAAACCUGUCUUCAUCGUAGGCAAAGCAAACUGUUUUUGAGAACUUGACCCCAAAUAUCUUUGGUAGCUCAGAAGGAAAACGUUUAGAGGAAGGAGAAUAGAAAGUGAGUUUCCGUAAAGAUUCUGGAGCCCUAAACCUCCCAGAUCCCCUCAGGGUCCCAAGUAUAUUCACAGGGUGGAAGGAAUGCGGGCGAUCGCAUGUUGCUGCCACUUCUCUCUGCUAACAACACAAAUGCCAACAUAACAAUAGGCUUCAUAGCCAUAACUCCUUACAAUAUUGGAAAUUAAGGUUAAAGCGAUCAUAUCUAGUAAUGUACAAUCUUAGUUUAAGAUUAUAAAAUGACAACAAAAGAUCAGAAGAAAUGCCUCUAUGACCAAACAGUAAACUU